AUGGGAUUUGAGUGGAUCUUGGCGGCGGUUGUGGUGGUGGGAGUGGUGGUGGGCGGUAGUUAUGGGUUCCCGGAUGAGGACUUGGUGGUGAAAUUGCCCGGCCAACCGGAGGUGACGUUCAGGCAGUAUGCAGGAUAUAUAGAUGUGGAUUUGAAGGCUGGGAGAAGCUUGUUUUACUAUUUUGUAGAAGCAGAGAAAGAUCCUGAUCAUAAGCCCCUUACUCUAUGGCUCAAUGGAGGCCCAGGUUGCUCAUCAAUAGGUGGGGGUGCCUUCACCGAAUUGGGUCCCUUCUUUCCUAAAGGCAAUGGUCGAGCCCUGCGAAGGAAUUCUAAAUCAUGGAAUAAAGCAUCAAAUCUGCUUUUUGUUGAGUCUCCUGCUGGUGUAGGAUGGUCGUAUUCAAAUACAAGCUCAGACUACACUUGUGGUGAUGUGUCCACGGCAAUGGAUAUGCAUAUGUUCAUGAUGGAGUGGUACAAGAAGUUUCCAACAUUCAAAACCCGAGCUUUGUUUCUGACAGGAGAAAGUUAUGCAGGGCAUUAUAUUCCACAAUUAGCUGUUGCUCUUCUCGACCACAACGAACAUUCUAAAGAGUUCAAGUUCAAUAUUAAAGGGGUUGCAAUUGGCAAUCCUCUUCUCAGACUUGACCGCGAUACCCCUGCAUCAUAUGAAUUCUAUUGGUCACAUGGAAUGAUCUCUGAUGAGAUCGGCCUUGCCAUUAUGAACGAGUGUGAUUUCGAAGAUUAUACAUUUGCCAGUCCACAUAAUGUGUCACAUGCAUGUAAUAACGCUAUAUCAAAGGCAAACAAGAUUGUCGGGGAUUAUAUAGAUAAUUACGACGUGAUUCUCGAUGUGUGCUAUCCAUCUAUAGUAGAGCAAGAACUGAGACUACGAAAGAUGGUUACGAAGAUUAGUGUCGGAGUAGAUGUUUGCAUGAGCUAUGAAAGGCAACUCUACUUCAACCUUCCUGAGGUUCAGAAGGCUCUUCAUGCGAACCGGACCAAUUUGCGGUAUAGCUGGUCUAUGUGCAGCGGUGUACUAGAUUAUAAUGAAACAGAUGGCAACAUCGACAUUCUUCCUCUGCUUAAAAGGAUCAUUCAAAACCAGAUUCCAGUUUGGAUUUUCAGUGGAGAUCAAGAUUCAGUCGUGCCAUUAAUUGGUUCACGGACACUUGUACGCGAACUCGCUCAUGAUAUGCACUUCAAGAUUACAGUCCCAUAUGGAGCUUGGUUUCACAGAGGACAGGUUGGAGGUUGGCAAACUGAGUAUGGAAACUUGUUAACCUUUGCAACUGUUAGAGGUGCUGCUCAUAUGGUACCCUAUGCACAGCCUGCAAGAGCUCUGCAUCUGUUCAGUAAUUUCGUCCGUGGCCGGAGACUGCCAAACUCGACUCGUCCUUCCAUUGACGAGUGA